AUUUGUACUUUGCUUCAAACAUUGAGUUUCAGUUUUUUCUUGUUACGUCGACGGAAAAAACCAAAGGGGAAGGAGAAAUGGAGGAGUCAAACAAUUAUGGGCACCAACAUCCCCUGCUUCUUAUCUUGAAUCAAGACCAGCUGAUCUACAAUCAAAGUGGUGUAACUGAUUGCUCCAGGUGUGGGGAGAAGGUGUCUACUCCAUGUUUAUGCUGUGCGGAGCACUGCGGGUUUUACCUUCACAAGGUAUGUGCCGACGCACCUUUGGAGCUUAAUCACCCUUUUCAUCUCAACCAUCCUCUUCUUCUUAUGCAAAAUGCACCUUAUUCACCUGGAUGGUACAUUUGCAAUUUUUGCGGUAAAGGCGGUUAUGAUUUUGUUUAUCACUGCUCUUGCAAUUUUGACUUUCAUAUUAAAUGUGCUUUAUUUACAUUUAAUAUUGCUGAGAAUAACUUGAAAGAGCUUGAGCAUGUUCCCCUUCAACAUCCUUUGAUUUCCACUGAAAAUGGUGAUGAAAAACUCAAAGAUGCUGCUAAGUGCUUUGUGUGUUGGGAACCAUUAGAAAAGUAUACACACUUUUGUCCUGACUUUGGAUUUAAUUCACAUGAGAAAUGCGCUAAGCUUCCUUUCAAACUGAAUCAUGUGUGCCAUCGCAAGCAUCCUCUUGUUCUACAAUUUAAUAGCCAACGGCUCCCUUGCAAGAUAUGCGGAGAAACAAAUCGAGAGGCUAUAGGAUUUGUUUAUGGUUGCUCUCCUUGUAAGUUUGUUGUUCACAUUGAAUGUGCGUCACAAUCACCAUUACAAGUUAUUAAGAGUACAAAUCAUGAACAUCCAUUCACCUUGUUUUUGAGACAAGUUCCAUUCACUUGUGAUGCGUGUGGUGUCGAAGGAAAUCAUGUUGCCUAUACAUGUGGUACAUGCAACAUUAUAAUCCAUAAAAAUUGCAUUUCACUGCCUCGCAUUAUCAAAAGUAAGUGGCAUGACCAUCGCCUUCUUCACACAUAUUUCCAUCACAUAGAAGAUUUUGGAGUUUUGAAUUGCAUGAUAUGCCAUGAUGAAGUCGAUACAGAGCAUGGUAGUUACUAUUGUUCAAAGUGCAAUGUUAUAUUCCAUGUGCAUUGUGUGACAGAGGAUAAACGCUCAUAUUCAAUAGUUUCACUAGAAAAUGAAGAUGAGAUUCCCUAUGAAAGUUCCAUCACUGUCUUAGAGAGCAAUGAUGCCGGAGAAGCUACAAAAAUAAAACAUUUCAAGCAUAUACAUAAUCUAAUGUUAAGUCCCUUUGUUGGAAGGUAUGAAAAUCGUUGUGACGGGUGUUUGUUGCCAAUCUCGGGACCAUUUUACUCCUGUUCAUUUUGUGCUUUCUUCCUACAUAAAGCGUGUGCUGAGUUACCUAAGAUGAAGGAUGUUUGGCAUCAUUUGUGCCGAGAACCUCUUGCCCUUAUUUCUGACAAAGCUUUUGAGUGUCUAGAAUGUCUGAACUUGUAUAAUGCCUUUGCUUAUGAAUGUUGUGGAUGUGAGACAAAGAUAUGUCUCCCAUGUGUGAUUGCUCUGACUCCUGGUGCUCGAACAUAUUUGAAACAUGAACACCCCCUCUUUUACUACAGAGAGCACAAGGGGAAAUGCAAUGCUUGUGGUAAUACUACAGGGAGCGCAUUUUGGUGUAAGGAUUGUAAUUUUGUGCUACACACGGACUGUUUUUCACUUCCAAUUACAGCUUACCACAAAUGUGAUCAACAUCUUCUUUCACUCACUGAUCAUAAUGAUAACAGUUAUUCAGAAAGUUAUUAUUGUGAUAUCUGUGAAAAAACUCGAGAUCUAAAUCGUUGGUUUUAUCGUUGUGCAACUUGCGACACUUCUGCUCAUGUUGGUUGUGUUCUUGGAAAAUAUUCAUUCCUCAAACACAGGAGCAUCUAUGAAGAAAAAGAUCAUCCACACCCACUCAUCAUUGUGAAGAAGAAGUAUUACUACCCUGAUUGUUAUAAAUGCAGUAAGCCUUGUGAAGAUGUGGCUCUUGAAUGCUCAAAGCCAGAGUGCAAAUAUAUUGUCCACUGGGAUUGUGUAGCACCCGAUUAUCUACAGAGUUGGUGGAUGUGGUGCAUGUAGCAAUUCAGAAGUAAUCUUAUUUGAAACUUACCACUUCAUUUGCAGGAAAACUCAAGGCUGGAAAAUAGGGUUUGAUUUUUGUCUUGUUACUUGUGAUGUUAGUCGUUGUUGUCAUUGUAAUUUGGUUUGUUUUAAAUAAAUGUCGUGUAAUAAUAUGAAGUUGAAACUUGAGAGGUUUGCAUUGUUGAUUUUAGAAUUUCUUGUAAUUUGGGAGUGUGAUUGUACUGACAAUAAUAAAGGUGUUGCUUGAUGCUA